AUGGCCUCCGCCGCCGCGCGCAGGGCGGUGGCCGCGCAGUUGAAGGAGCGCCGGGCGGCCGCCAAGCGCGCCGCAGCCGACAACACGCGCACGAGCGUUUACAAGGGUGGCGUGGAGAUCGGGGAAAUCGGGGAGGAUGACACCAGGGCUGAGCGGGAGCUGGAGGAGAAGUACCAACGCGGCCAACAGGACGACGCCCGGGCCGUCAGCCGUGCCCACGCGCAGCGGGAGGCGACCGCGGCCAGCACCGUGGCGUGGCAGCGCGCGCGCGUGCUGCUGCAGUCAGUCGCACCCGCGCGGGACCGCGCCGCGCGCGCUGCCGCCGAGGCGGCCGCCGCAGGGGAGGCGGCGGCGGCAGCGACGGCAGCCGCAGUCGCGGCGCGAGCGCAGGCGAGCGAGGCGCGCGUGCUGUCCUGCGGUGCGGGCCAGUCGCUCGCUGCGGCGUUUGCUGCUGAGAAUGGGGCCGUGCCGCAGGCACCCCAGGGGGACAGCGCGCAGAACGCAGGCGCAGACGCUGACGAGGACGGCGAUGAUGGCCCUGUGGAGUCCGGGAGCGCGGCUGUGGCUGAGGCAGCGGCCAAUGUGGCGACCGGCGAGGCCGCGGCAGCGCAGCAGGAUUCAAAGCAGGAAGGAGAGCUUGGCAGUGAGGGACAGCAGGAGCGGGAGCAAGAGCAGGAUGUAAAGCAGCAGGAGCGGGAGCAGGAGCGGGAGCAGGAGCGGGAGCAGCAGCAGGAGCAGCAGCAGGAGCAGCAGCAGCAGGAGCAGGAGGAGCAGCAGAAGCUAGAGCAAGAACGGAAGCAGCAAGUUGAACAGCAGCAGGAGCAGGACGAGCUGUCCCAGCAGCAGCAGCAGCAGCAGCAGCAGCCGCCGCCGCUGCAGCAGCAGCAGCAGCCAGCCGCCGGCGCGGCUGAACCCCCCUCCCUCGAGGCCAUCAACGCGCGGGGCCGCGAGCUGUUCGCCGCCGGCGACGUCCCCGGCGCGGUCGCCGCGUGGCGCCAGGUCGUGCUGGAUGACCCAGAGCACGCGGGCGCACUGUGCAACCUGGCGGCGGCGCUGAGGGCGGCCGGCGACAGCCUCGGGGCGCGGCGGGCGGCGACGGACCUGCUUGCGUUGCCUGAGGGGCGCGCCAAGCCGGAGCAGCGGGUCAAGGCUAAGCACAGGCUGGCCCUCGCACUCGAGGACCUCGGAGAGUUCGAGGAAUCGCUGUCGCUGCUGUCCGAGGUUGCCGAGGUGCACGGCCAGGCGCAGGGGUGCCACUCUGACCUGGUUCGCCUGUCGGACAAGGUGCGGCGGCGCCGCGAGUCCGAUGUGCGCGGGGCAGGCUCCCUCGGCGGCGCGUCGGCGGCUGCGUCCGGCGGCGGCGCGCUCGGCGCGCCGGACGCGGGUGCGGCGGCGCUCGGCUGGGUGGAAGACGAGGAGGCGCCCGUGGCCAUUGGCGCGUCGGCACUGGCGGCGGCCGGCGCAGCGGCUGCUGCCACAGAUGUGGAGCGCGCCAAGUCCGCGGCCGCGGCGCCUGCCGCGGCGGUAAGAGCAGAGGCGGCGGCCGGCGCACGAGUCAGGGGCCGUUUUAGGGUGGUUGAAGAGUCGACAGAUUCGUCAGAGGAGCCCGAGGACGAGCCGGCGCCGGCCGUGGAUGCAGCCCGACCGGGCUCCGCGCCGCCCGCCGGCGCCGCCGGCGCCGCGCGGGGGCGCUUCACCAUCGUGGCGGACAGCUCUGAUGAGGAGGAGGAGGAGGAGGAAGAGGGCGGCGGCGGCGGCGCACCGCAGGGAGCGGGGCAUGAGGGCCACCAGUGGCAGCAGGAGGGGCGGCAGGGGCAGGAGCAGCAGGCGCGGGACGCGGCGCAGGAGCCAGGGUCUUCUGGACGGGAGGCGAGGGCCGGCCGGGCGCCCGAGGCGCGGGGCGGCUCGCAGCAGGGGCCGCAGGGCAGCGGCGCCGAAGGCGUGCCCACUGCGGUCCCCGAGCAGGCGGCAGGGGAGCCGACGGUGCCGCUGUCAGUAAGCAUCCCCGGCCGCACGACAGCGCUGUGCGUGCAGCUGCCCGAGUCCGUGCUUGGUGAGGCGCGCGCGGCGCAUGAACUGGACACCCGGCUGGCCAGCGAGGGCUUCACCCGCGUUUUCGAGGCCGCCCGCAAGAACAUUGACAAGCAGCGGCGUGCCGGGGGCGCCGGCGGCGGGAAGGGCGAGGGGGCGGAGGAGGGCGACUCGACGGCCAUGCUGCAGGCUCUGCAGGCGCAGGUUCAGGAGCGCAAAUCCGCGGUUUUGGCCGCGCUGGGCGGCGGCGAGCGGCUGCUGCGGGCGGGCAAGGCGGCCGAGGCGCUGGCGCAGCUGCGGCGGGCGGCGGAGCUCGCGCCGGGGGACGCGCGCGCGCGGGCGCUCGGCGCGCAGGCAUAUCUGAAGCUGCGGCGCCCGGAAAAGGCGCUGCAGGAGGCUUCUGUCGCGCUGGCCCUGCAGGCCGGCUUUGAUGGCUCGCGCGCAACUACCUGGGCCCCAGAGGACGGCUCCUGGGCAGCCGGCGUGCUCGCGCGCCGCGCGGCGGCGCUGAGGCAGCUUGGCCGCACGAAGGAGGCUCUGCAGGUGCGCGGCGCGGGCGCGCCGCUGGCUGCGAGGCAGGCGCUGGCCGCCGACCCUGCUGACCCAUCGCACUCCCAGCUGGAGGCGCAGCUGCGGGAGCUGUACAGGCAGGAGGUUGCGCAGCAGGUGGCCCUUAAGCAGCAGCAGCAGCAGCAGCAGCAGCAGCAGCAGGGCCAGACGCAGGGGCAGCGGAAGGGGGUUCAGGAGGGGAAGCAGGCCGGGGGCGCAACCGCUUCUGCUGCGGUCGACACUCAAUCGGCCCGGAAGGCGCGAAAGGCGGCAGCCCACAGGGAGCAAGACACGGCCGCUACCGCCGCCGCGGAGCCGAGUGCAGCGGCGCCGCCCGCCAGCCAGCAGCCUGGCGGCCCGGCCGCCGACGAGGCCAGCGCCCCGCGUGCGGGGGCCGCGGCUGGCGCCGUGCGAGUGGAGGCGGAAGCGGCGGCGGCUGAGGCGGCGGCUGAGGAAGCGGCUGAGGCGGGGGCAGCGGCGCGGCAAGGAGGGGAUAGCCAGCAAGUUGUGGUGUGGCGAAUGAACCCGAUCACCGUCGAAGAGGUCAGCGGCGGCGAGUCGGAGGAGGAGGAGCAGGAGCAGGAGCAGGAGCAGGAGCAGGCAAAGGGACAGGAUGCAGGGCUGCAGGAGGGCGGGCGCGUUGGGCAGGCAGGCAGCGGCGCAGGGAGCGGGCAGGAGGGCGUGCCGGCCACCGCGGCCGGCGGCCCCGGCCCCGUGCAACAGGCAUUCGCCAACGGUAAUGGUGUGCACGCUGAAGACGAGGCCGCGCCGCCUGCUGCCAACGGCACGGGCGCCGCGGUUGCGGCCGCGGCGGGGCCGACCGAGGCUGCAGCGGCGCGCGUCAUCGCCGGCCUGGCCGGCCGCAAGCCGCCGCCGCCGCGCAGCGCAGUCGACAUGCACAAGGCCUUCCAGUCGCUGCUGCCCCGGCAGCAGCAGCAGCAGCAGCAGCAGCAGCAGCAGCAGCAGCAGCAGCAGCAGCAGAAGGUGCCCGAUGUGCUUGUCGAUUACGUGACGUCCAUCCAGCCGGGCCAGUACAAAUCCAUCAUCAAGGGCGGCCUUGAUGCCGACCUGCUGGCCCCGCUGCUGGCCGCCAUCGCAGCAGCUGCGGGCGCCGGCCCAGGCGGCGCCGCGUUUGCCGCCGAGGCGCUCGCCGCGCUCGCGCGCGUGGAGCGCUUCGGGCUGGUUACGAUGAUGGCGCGCAGGGGGCGCGGCGCGGGGGGCGUGGCGGGCGACGCGCGGCGCGCG